AGCGCGCGCGACUCCGGGGAGACGCAGUCGGUUUAUUUCUCUCUAAACGGAGGCCAGGGCCACGAUGCGACGGUGUUAGCGUCGAAAUCGGCUUCCCAUCACGCGCGCCCCCCCUCCACCCCCCCCAACACAUAAUUAGGAUAAUAACAGCACGAUGCGGAUGAUUUAGGGAGGCUGGGAGCGCUGAGAUCUGUGCGUAAUACCGUGAUCUGGAGGCUGAGCUUUGCUGCGCAGGUGCGCCGUUACGCUGCGGCAGGAUGGAGUUUAAGCAGCUGGUGGACGCGGCGGAGAAAUGGUGCUCGGGAAACCCGUUCGAGCUGAUCUUCGCCGAGGAGCUGGACGAGCGCAGGAUGGACUUCUACGCCGAGCCUGGCAUUUCGUUUUACGUGCUCUGUCCCGACAACAUGACAGGAGGUACCGACACUUUUCAUGUGUGGAGUGAGAGUGAGGACUGCCUGCCGUUCCUGCAGCUGGCACAGGAUUACAUCUCCUCCUGCGGACACAAAACCCUGCUGGAGGUCCUUGACAAAGUUUUCAGAUCCUUCAGACCUCUCUUGGGUCUUCCAGACAUUGACGACGACACGUACGAGCAGUACCAUGGAGACGUGGAGGAGGAAGCCGAGACAGACCAUCAGCAGAUGGGUGUUAGCCAAUAGUAUGCUCAGUGAGGCGGAUCGACCUUCCAUGGGCCGGAGUGUUGCUUCAUUCUCUCGCUUUUUUCCUUCUUCCAAACCACCUUCACAUUUCUAUCGUUUUAUGAUAUGCACUAUCCCUCUGUCUUACACACUCGCACCACAGCUUGUUAUAAUGCACGAUUUCAUGCUGCAAAGAAAAACAUUCUCAGUAGACCUCCUAUGUUCUUCUUGUUUUAUUUAGCAAGUUCUUGCUUGGGGAAAAAAAAAAGACAGAGACCAUUUCAGGUUUCUGUCGGUUCCUGUGUAUGAUACUUUGUGUAAUGGGUUGAUAUCACAGUGUAAUGGGUCCUAAUAGUUUCUGAUGGUAAGGUUAUAGUAAAAAAAAUUAAUAAUAACUGUGGUUCAUUUGCAUAAUGGACCUAGAAGAUUUGUUAUAUAAUCAUGCAUUUCAGGUUGUGGGUUAGACAACAGAAAAAAAACAUUUAUAUGCAGCAUUUAAACUUCUAGGUUCAAAUGAAAAAUACUUCAUUCAGUUAAUAUAAAUAUUAAAAAUGGCAACCUACCAGUUUUUCUUUUCACAUUCUGAUGCCAACUCUGAAGCCUUGUGAAGAUCAGUCGACAUUGACUCGAUAUUCAUCCUACCAAGGUUUAAUGUUGUUUUUUUUUUUACUGAAAAACUUCACUUAAAAAUAUAAGAAAAGGACAUAGCUAGACCUCCCCUACCAAAAAAAAUUAUUGAAAAUUGAAAAUCAAAUUAAAUUUUUGUUUAUAAAUGUAAUAACACAUUUUAAUAAAGCAUGAGGCAUAAAAAUAAUUAAAUAAUUUUUACCAAAAAAAACUAGUACUCUUUAUUUUUUGUUUUUUCUCUUUAUAGUCUUUGUUUCCUAAGAAUCGUUUUAAAUUCAAUUCCAAAAUCAGAUCGAAUUCUUUGUUUUUCUCCAAUAUUCAAUCCACCAUCUUCAAUAUCGGAUCAACUAUAUCAAUAUCUAAUAUACACUUGGAAAUAUUAAAACCAUUAGAUCUUAUAAAAUUGUUUAAUGGAAACCUUUAAGCUAAACCCGUUACCAAUAAAUCCCAAAAAAUGUUGAAUUCUUUUUUUUUUGAGCAAGCAUAAUUAUGUAACAUAUUGCUAUUAGUAUUAAAAAUACAUUCAUUCACAUAGUUCUCCUGAAUAAAAGACAUAGGUUUACGUAGGUUCUCCUAUUAAUAAGGAUGGAUAGAGCUUGUCUUUCUAAAUGUCCGUACUUAGAAAGUCACAAUUGAUUUUCUGGAGAAUAGGUGAAGAAGUGAUUGUGACAUAACAUUUUAACGUCUGACACCAAACAGUAAGUGAUAAUUUAUCAAAAUCUUUGGAAUACUCAUCAUCAGCUUUGUUCAUUAUAUCUCAAUAUCUUUAAUCAUAUGGCCAUGGGCUGAAUAGGAAUAGUGAUCCCAGUGAAGCUUUCAGCCUGCGAUACUUAAUGCAUAAUAGCUCUAGAUCCGACGUAGCGUGAUUGCGUUUUCAGCUUUCUGUAAAGACAAGCCUUUGUUUGCACUUAUGCGUCGUGGUUACGUUUCUGUUUGCCCUUUAAUAGUCUUUGAUUGUAUUAAACUCUAGCCUGCUUCAGGCAUGUUUUCACACCAAUCUAAUUAAUUACGGACUUCCACCAUGAUGUUUUCCUCCCAGGUUAGGCGAAAGUUAAAGCCUGAGGUAAGCUUUAAAUUGUGAAGUACAAUAAGUAUGAACAUAUUCAUCUGAAGCGGCUUAUCUGCGUUUUCAUUCUCUAGUGCUGACUGAGGAAAAUAUGAUCCUUCUUUUAAAGCGCAAAGGCAUUGAAGUGGCUGAAGUCUAACCCAUCUCACAGCACUUUCUUUCCAGUGAUGUAAGCAGGUUAGCAGGAACAUCACAUGAUAUACCAGGAUAUAAAGAACUUUGAUAUGAUCCUGCUUACUUCAUAAAUUUAGUACACACUUAAUUCUGCCAUCAAUCCCCUGUAUGAUGUAUCACUGCUUCCAUACUGUCUUCCUUAGCGUUACAUCGUCCACAUGCACUGGUGUCUGGUGUAAGAUCAAUCAGAGCUAUUCUUCCUCAUGAAUAUUUAUUUAAUCAUCUCGCUUUAGCACUCUGCAAGCUUUUGUAUAGCAACCCCCCCCCCCCCC